AUGGCGGCAAUGGCCGCGCUGGGCCGGAGGCUGCAGGCGCUGUGCCGGGGUGUCAGGGGAGUACAGACCCCGCCGGGCCCCCCCCGCUAUGAGGAGUCGACGGCCGAGUUCGGGUUCGUGGAGCGGCUGCUGCCCCCCAGCCGCAUCCCCGAGCCCCCCCCGCACCCCAAAUACCCGACCCCGUCCGGCUGGAGCCCCCCCGCAGGCUCUCCCCCAGACCUGCCCUAUUUUGUGCGGCGUUCGCGCCUGCACAACCUCCCCGUGUACCUGGGCCAGCGGCAGGGCCGGCGCCUCACGGCCCUGCGCCACAUUCACGGCGACAUCUGGGCGCUGGAGCGGGACCUGAGGGCGUUCCUGGGGUCCCUGGGGGUCCCUGAGGUGCAGGCGCAGGUGAACGAGGUGACGGGGACGCUGCGGCUGCGGGGGCACUGGGGGCCCGAGGUGCGGCGCUGGCUGCUCCAGAGGGGCUUCUAGAGACCCCCCAAACCUGCCAGGGUACCCCAAACUCUGCCGGGGACACCCCGGGCUCUGCAAGGGAGCUGCUCUGGAUACACCUGGAGCAUCAUGAAACGGAGCCUGGACAGAACAGCAUCUGCUAGGGGCACCUCCAGAUCCACCUGGAACACCCCAAAAUCUGUUGGGAGCAGCUCAAAAUCCACAGGGGGAGUUUGGAAUCCAUUUGGGACCUUCAAAUCCAUCUGGAGCCUGGGGGAACCCUGAAAUCCAUGAAGGACGGCCCAAAAUCCACGCUGGGCUAUCCCAAAAUCUGCUGGGAGCCCCCUAAAAUGGAAGAACCUCCCCCAAAAACAAAUCAAAACCCAAUAAACAACUUAGAUAACUC